UGCGAACAGGAAGCUCACUCUCUGCGCUGCUGCUUAGCCCUUCAAGCUCUCUGAAACCAGGCUUCUCUGACUUGCUGUCUAUUUCACACUUCACUAAUAUCACACUCGCGACAGGGCACUUGCUGGCCGCAACUAUAUUUCAUAUAAUAUUCAGCUGAUAGACGCAAUGGAGCCAUACGACGAAACUUUUGUUGAGGAGCAGGAGGAACAGGAAGAGGAGCGCACCGAGGAGAAGAUCAUCAAUGAAGAGUACAAGACAUGGAAGAAGAACGCUCCAUUUCUCUAUGAUAUGAUCCUUAGUACGGCACUUGAAUGGCCUACACUCACAACACAAUGGCUACCCGAUAAGCAAGAGGUUCCUGAUAAGCCGUAUUCUACUCAUCGGUUACUCAUCGGCACACACACGUCGAGUGAUGCGCAAAACUACCUGCAAAUCGCUCAUGUACAGCUUCCUAAUCCUACGGUGCCUAACCCAGAUGAUUACGAUGAGGAGCGCGGCGAGAUUGGCGGGUACGGCGGCAGCUCCAAGAAGGCGCCCAUGGAGAUCAAGUUCAAUAUUGUGCAGAAGAUCGACCACAAGGGUGAAGUCAACAAAGCUCGCUAUCAACCGCAGAAUCCCAAUAUCAUUGCGACGAUGUGCACGGAUGGACGGGUCAUGAUCUGGGAUCGUUCGAAGCACCCUAGCCUGCCCACUGGGACGGUUAACCCUCAGAUGGAGCUGCUUGGCCAUACGCGAGAAGGUUUCGGUCUUAGCUGGAGUCCCCACACUGCCGGUCACCUCGUGACAGGUAGCGAGGACAAGACCGUUCGUCUUUGGGAUCUGACGACAUACACCAAGGGUAACAAAGCGCUGAAGCCAGUUCGAACCUACACACACCAUUCUUCAAUUGUCAACGAUGUGCAAUAUCACCCUCUGCACUCUUCUCUAAUCGGAACGGUAUCCGACGAUAUCACCCUCCAAAUCAUCGAUAUCCGUGAGGCUGAGACGAACCGCGCGGCCGCUUCCGCAGAGGGCCAACACCGGGACGCUAUCAAUGCUAUCGCGUUCAACCCUGCUGCUGAAACUGUCCUGGCGACGGGGUCGGCCGACAAGUCCAUUGGUCUGUGGGAUCUUCGCAAUCUGAAAACGAAGUUGCACGCCCUCGAAUGUCACAACGAUUCCGUGACAUCCCUCUCCUGGCACCCCUUUGAAGAAGCUGUGCUGGCCAGUGCAAGUUACGACCGCAAGAUCAUGUUCUGGGAUCUCAGCCGCGCCGGCGAGGAGCAGACCCCUGAGGACGCCCAGGAUGGACCGCCAGAACUUCUCUUUAUGCAUGGUGGCCACACCAACCGGAUUUCCGACUUUAGCUGGAACCUCAAUGACCCCUGGGUUCUCUGCUCUGCUGCGGAAGACAAUCUGUUGCAGGUGUGGAAGGUGGCUGACGCCAUUGUGGGCAAAGAUUUGGAGGAUGUGCCAACUGAGGAGCUGGAGCCAUGAGCUGGCAUUGACUGUAAUAUGAAAACUCGAAGUCUAUAUUGAUACCUAUCUUGAGCGGUUGUUCUGCUUCAUGUAACGCCUUUACACGUCUUGCUGCUGCAGCCAAGCGGGGUUUCCAAA